UAUGGAAGCCGAAUAUUACGAUCCUACUCUCUCGAACCUUUCCUGCAUCAACUACAAAUAUAACCGAACAACGCGUGCGUUUAUCUUGGCUGUAACGUUUAAGAAUGAUUUAACUGAAAGAGAUACCUUUUUGAUAAUGGGAUACAAAUGGCUGAGUAACCGAUAUCGCCUGGACAUUUUGCAAUUCAAUCUAACAGUCAAAAAUGCUUUUCGCUUCCGCUACUUUGAUUUAGAUCGGCUGAUGCACUCCUGUACGACACCUCCUGCCGAAUUGCCUCUCAUUAAAGGGGUGACAUAUACAAUAAGGGAUUGGGUACCUGACAGUACUAAGUUUCCUCCGGGAAUUCCAGAAGGAAGGUGGAAAAUAGCGGCGCGACUAGUUACGGCUUCCGGGAAACAUAUCCUAUCUAUCAACUGGUAUGGAGCCGUGAAAUACAAGCUUAGAAUGGAAUCCAAGUAAUGCGAACACAUAACAGGCAUUGCAACGAUUGCCGACACUUUAUAGAUACAAGUAGAAACAUGUAACUCAACCUUA